UUACUCUUUUUAUGACAGCUUCUUCUACAUGCCACAGCUCUACAGUGAUCCUUCUCAAUAUCCACUCGGAUACUCGGUAUAACAUUUAAAGAGCCAGAAUGUUCAGGUUCACUCUUCUGCUCUGCUCAUCAGUGCUGCUGUAUAGCUGCUCAGCAAGUCCAUUUAAAUCAUGGAGAAAAGAUGCUGACCCAGCACUUCAGGAAACAAAGAUGUCUGAUGAAUUUGAUGAAAAGAUGACUCUGGGACUGAAGGAAGUCGAACCCCUAGAGCUGGAUCUGACCAAUUCUGAUAUUGACCCCAACAUGUUAAUAUGGAAAGCCAUCAAGCAGCUCAACCGUCAGAAAUACGAGAAGCCAGAGGAGGACAAAGACCAGCUCUAUCAUCCAUUUGAAGAACCCAGCAACAAGCAGCCUGACAGCUACUUCCAGCCCCAGCAGUUUGGUCAGGUCCAGCUGUAUCAAGAACCUGAGCAGGAUAUGGACAACCUCUAUCAUUCCAACUCUGAGAAGCAAGAUGCUUAUGAGAAAUCAGUGCAAACAGUUGCUGAACACAGAGCUGAAGAGUUUGUGUACUUGACCCCAGAAGAGGACAAAGAUGGCCUUUACCAUGAAAGCUUUCCAUCAGAGUCUAUAGUGGUGGCUCCAGUGAUACAAGCUUUUGACAACAAGCCCAAGAGGGUUUACACCGAACCCGAAGAAGACCUGGAUAACCUAUAUCACAGUUAAAUAACAACAGUGCAGGAUGUAUUCAAGUAAAUUAAGUAAGACAAAGAUUUUAUGAAAUAUAUCAAAUCCUAAAUGCACUAUUGCUGUAAAUAAAAUAUAAUAAACUGCAGAAAGAAG